CUAAGUACCGGCUUACUCUCAACCUGGAGUAUAGGAAACGGUGACUGUUAGGUGUUUAGCGGCAGAUACUGCUGAUCUUCGCGCGUAAAACCCUUUAGGUGCUCUGUGCCGCUGAACACCAUGGACCCGGCUAGUGCAGUUGCUGCGAUAGGCGCAAAUCCAGCAAGCUUUGCGGAGCUGGUAGCUCAGCUGCAGGAUGCUGACAACGAUCGACGCAAGGCGGCCGAGGCAAUUUUCGACGCUUUGAAGGAGCAGCCAGACCUCUGCAUUACCUGCCUGGUGCAGACGUUGCGGACAUGCUCUGCUGUUGAGGCGCGCUUGUUCUGCAGCGUAAUGAUACGCAAGGUCAUUUACUAUCGCUCGGACACAGACCUGAAGUCGCCGGUGCUCUGGGACAAGUGUAGCCAGCACGUCCAGGCCGUCACCAAGCAGGCCCUGCUGGAGGCUCUCGUGCAGGAGCCCGACCGCAAUGUCACCAGCAAGGUUUGCGCCGCCGUGUCGGACCUGGCCAACCUCAUCUACAGCAAGUCCGGCUGGACUGAGCUGAUGCCCACUCUGCUGACCAUGCUCAACAGCAACCAGCAGCCGCAGAUUGCCAACGGCCUGAGUGUGCUUGGUGACGUGGCGUCCUACCUGGCGGAGCACCUCAAGGCGCAGCUGCAGGACAUUGUCAACAUGUUGGUGCGGUUCCUGGCGUGCGGCAACAAGGACGUGACGGUGGCCGCAGCCAAUGCAGCCACAGCGUUCAUCGAGGCCUACGAGGACAACGGCAGCCGGCAGAUGAUGUCGCCCCUCGUGCAGCCCAUGCUGGCGGUGUUGGGGCAGCUGCUCAGCAGCGGGGACGAGGAGGAGGCGCGCAACGUGCUGGAGAUGUUCAUCUCGCUCGCCGAGUCCUCUGCUCGCUUCCUGCGCCCGCACCUGAUUGCCCUGGUGGACGCCAUGAUGCGUGUGGCGGGUGCGGGGGACAACCUGGAUGCAAACACGCGGCAGCUGGCGGUGGAGUUCCUGGUGUCGCUGUGCGAGGCCAGGGAGCAUUGCCCCGGCAUGAUGCGCAAGGUGCCUAAUCUGGCACGUAGCCUGUUUGAGCUGGUGAUGGGAUUCCUGCUGGAUAUUGUGGACGACCCCGCCUGGCACAACGCCGCGGACGACUCCAACGAGGACGCGGGUGCGGGCGAGCUGUACGACUCGGGGCAGGAGUACCUGGACCGCCUGGCGCUCAGUCUGGGCGGCAAGGCGGUGUCGGAUGCCGCCGCGCCGCUGCUGGGCAGUUGGAUCACGGAUGCCAGCUGGCAGAAGCGCGCGGCUGUGUUUAUCUGCCUGGCGCAGAUUGCGGAGGGAUGCACCAAGAUUAUGUCCUCCGCCUCCUACCUGGAGCAGCUUGCCCGCAUGUGUGUGAUGGGGCUGAACGACUCCGAGCCGCACGUGCGCUGGGCGGCAUGCCAGGCGCUGGGGCAGAUGUGCACCGACCUGGGCCCGGAGCUGCAGGCCAAGCACCACGCCACCAUCCUGCCGGCGCUGAUGGCCAUCAUGGAGAACUUUAGCAGCCCGCGUGUGCAGGCCCACGCCUGCGCCGCCAUUGUCAACUUCAGCGAGGGUGUGGAGAGCGAGGUGCUGCCGCCCUACCUGGACUCCCUCAUCCUCAAGCUGCUCAACCUGCUGCAGCACGGAGCCAAGCUGGUGCAGGAGGGGGCGCUCACGGCGCUGGCGUCGGUGGCGGAUAGCAGCCAGGAGCUCUUCAACAAGUACUACGACACCGUGAUGCCGCUGCUCACGCAAAUCCUCACCACCGCCAACGCCAAGGAGCUGCGGCUGAUGCGCGCCAAGGCGCUGGAGUGCAUCAGCCUGGUGGGCAUGGCUGUGGGCAAGGACCGGUUCCGGGCGGAUGCACGCAACGUGAUGGGCUACAUGCAGCAGGUGCAGGCGGCGGGGAUGGAGGCCGACGACCCGCUGGCGUCGUACAUGCUGCAGGCUGGCGCCCGGCUGUGCAAGUGCCUGGGUUCCGAGUUCAUGGAGUACCUGCCCCUGGUGCUGCCCUCGCUGCUCAACUCGGCAUCAGCCGACCCAGAUGUGCAGGUUGUUGACGAGGACGACUUGGAUGCGGACGACCUGCCGGAUGACAUGGAGGCCAUUCCCAUGGGCGAUAAGUGCCUCAUGUACCGCUCUAGCAUCCUGGAGGAGAAGGCCACCGCUGUCAACAUGCUCAGCUGCUAUGCGGAGGAGCUCAAGGAGGGCUUCUGGGCCUACGUGGGACCGGUGCUGAAGCUGGUGCUGGACGGAGUUGAGGGGCAGUCGCCGCUCAUCAAGUUCUACCUCAAUGAGGAGAUCCGGCGGUCCGCUGCCGCGCUGCUGCCUAGCCUGCUGCGGUGCUGCAUCGCGGCUGCUGAGCGGGGGGUGCCGGGCGCCUCGCCGGCCGCCACCGGGGAGUUCCUGCGGGCUGCGUGGGGGCCGCUGCUGGAGGCGCUGCGCAAGGAGCCGGAGGGUGACAUCCAGGCGGUGCAGCUGGACGCCAUUUCGGAAAUUGUUGAGAUGGUGGACAAGGCUCUGCUGCCAGCUGAUGCCAUCCAGGCGGCUUUCAAGGUGUUUGAUGUCGUGCUUGAAAAGGCUGACAAGCGGCGCGCCGAGCGUGUGUCCCGCCGCGCCACCGAGGACUUUGACGCUGAGGAGGCGGAGGCGAUUGAGGCGGAGAACGAGCUGGAGGAGGAGCUGUUUGACCAGGUUUCCACGGCCGUGGGCGCCUUCCUGAAGAAGUUUGGUGACGACGUUUUGCCGCUGGUGGAGUCGCUGCUGGUGACGCGAUACGGAGCCAUGCUCACGGACAAGAGCCGGAGCUCGGAGGAGCGCCGUAUCGCCAUCUGCUUGGUGGACGACCUGCUGGAGAACUCCCCCGCCGGCAUGAUCAAGCACUUCAACAAUGUGCUGCCCAUGCUGCUGGAGUCUGCUCGCUGCACCGACCACGCUGACCUGCGGCAAUGCGCGGUGUACGGGCUGGGCGUGAUGGCUGCCAAGGGGCCGGUGGAGGCCUUCCGGCCGCAUGCAGCUGCCAUUGCGGAGCUCCUCGCAAACAUCGUUCGACAGCCAGACGCCAAGAACGAGGAUAACGACAUGGCCACUGACAAUGCGGUGUCAGCGCUGGGUCGCAUCCUGGCGCACCACGGGGAGGCGCUGGGGGCGGACGGAGGCGCGGCUCUGGCGGCGCUGUGGGUGGGCAACUUGCCGCUCAAGGUUGACCUGGUGGAGGCGACGGCCAUGCACGAGCAGCUGGUGCAGAUGUGUGAGGCGCAGGACCCGCGCAUCGUGCCGCACGCCGCCAAGGUUGCCUCGGUGUUUGCAGAGGUGCUGGGAGGCGGCAAGUCGUACGUGUCCGGACCCGUGGGUCUGCGCAUGGCGCAACUGCUGCUGCGGUUGCAGAGCGCGGUGCCGGCGGAAGCGAUCUCCUCGGUGUUGUCGACCUUCAACGCCAAGCAACAAGCCAGCUACCAGGGCUUCAUGGCCGGUAACGUACCCGAGUAGACGAGUAGAAGGCCCAAAAGGGCUGCUGCCAGACGGAUGGCUAUUACUCGGUUGCUAGGAGCAGGCUGGAGCCAAGGCGCGGAGGGGGAGGGAGGUAGGGGAGGCGGAGUCAUUGAACACCCGUGCGGACAGGGCCCAUGAGCAUGCGGUGGAGUGAGGGUUACGGGUUCGUUUGCGGGGUCGUACGAUGCGUCCCCAUGCGCUACAGACGCUUGCGGAUGUGCUGAACUUUUUCGGCUGCGGUAUGUUUAUUGGUAGUGGGAUGUAUGCGGAUACAAGCAGGUUUGCAUGGCGGCGCAGCGGGCGCUGAAGCUCUCGAUUGUCUUGGCGGCGGAGCGGGGGUCAAGGGAGUCGACAGGUGGUGGCGGCUACUGCUAGGUUUAUUGUGCCAGUGGUGUCGCAGCACGACAAGGACAAACCGCGUUAGGUUAUAUCGGUACUAUUACUUCAUGUGCAGUACUGUUUUUUCCUCGUGGGAGGUUAUUCCCAUGGGGCCUGUGUCGUCGGGCGGGGAUUUGGAAAAGGGGCAGGGGGUAGUAAGCAGCAUGCAGUUAAUAGACAGUAGGGAUUUGAUGCGGUGGUUCGCGGGUGGCUAUUCAUGUUUUUUUGCAUGAUGCCGAAUGAGCUCUUUCACAAGAGAGGUGUGUCACUAACGGUGCAGCAGCUGUGGUGGCAGGGUAGUUGCGGGCCGGGGCUUCAUCCAGCUUCAGCCUAAGGUCAGCAGCCCCCCAGAUUGGUACCUUCCUAGAAUUGAAGUAAGGAGCGUCAGUGUCGGAGGAUGGGAGAUAACGUAGAGGAGG